GCGCGUGGACUCAGCGCUACGUCAGCAGUGAUACCGAAACAUGGCGGUGUCCAUAGCACAGCGCCCGGCUGCCAGUGCUCGUGUGUUUUUAUUAACUUUUCUCACCACGGUAAUAUUUCACCGCAGUGUCGCCGAUGUCUCCACGGGCGCCUCGACGUCGGAAGAGCCUCCUCACCGCCGGUUCGAGUACAAAUACAGCUUCAAAGGACCGCACCUGUCUCAGACCGACGGCGGUAUCCCGUUUUGGAUCCACAGUGGAAAUGCUAUUCCCAGCGCAGACCAGGUGCGAAUCACGCCGUCCCUCAGGAGUCAGAGGGGCUCCGUGUGGACGAAAAACAAAGUCAGCUUCGAACACUGGGAGGCCGAGGUGACCUUCAGGGUAUCUGGAAGAGGCAGAAUGGGAGCGGACGGUUUGGCUGUGUGGUUCACCACUGCACAAGGCCUCGACGGUCCGGUGUACGGUGCCGCUGAUCAGUGGAGUGGAAUUGGAAUCUUCUUUGACUCCUUUGACAAUGAUGGAAAGAAAAAUAACCCAGCUAUAGUUGUUGUGGGAAACAAUGGCAACCUUGUUUAUGACCACCAAAAUGACGGCACCACACAAGCCCUCGGUACAUGUUUACGAGACUUCCGCAACAAACCGUAUCCCGUCAGAGCCAAAAUAACGUACUACAAGAAGACACUGACGGUGAUGAUCAACAAUGGUUUCACUCCAGACAAAGAGGAUUAUGAGUUCUGCACAAAGGUGGACAACAUGGUCAUUCCCAGCGAGGGCUUCUUCGGCAUUUCAGCUGCCACUGGUGGUUUAGCAGAUGACCAUGAUGUUUUAUCCUUCCUGUUAUUCAGACUCACAGAGCCAGGCCAGCAACCGCCCCCACCUGAAUCUGAGAUGCCUAAAGAAGAGAAGGACAAGUACCAGGAGGAAUUUCAGAACUUCCAGCAAGAGCUCGACAAAAAGAAAGAGGAGUUUCAGAAAGAGCACCCAGACGUCCAAGGAGAGCCAAUUGAGGACUUGUAUGAGACGGUAAAUGACCGGGAGAUCCGUCAGGUGUUUGAAGGCCAGAACCGGAUCCACCUGGAGAUCAAGCAGCUGCACCGGCAGCUCGCUAUGAUCCUGGACGAGCAGCGGCGAUACGUUUCAGUCAUCACCGAUGAGGUCGCCAAGAAGGGGACGAACGCUGAGUCGGGACAGCUGGACACUUCCAGUCAACAACAGUUGGGCUCUGUCAUAGCCACCCAGCAGGAGGUUCUCAGAAACCUGAAUGAGUUGAAAAACUCCUUCCACGAGUCACUGAAACAGAUCGGCUCAACGCAACACCAGGGUAAUGCAGUCGGAAUGGGAACGUAUGAGACCAUUCAGCACUUCAACGACAUCAAGGAACAUCUGCACACGGUCAAAAGGGAUGUGGAGCACCUGGUCCAACGUAACGUUCAGAAUCCUGCCGAGAAGGCUGUGAAGUGUCCUGAGAUGCCUCCCAUGCCUUCCUGCUUAUCCACCGUUCAUUUUGCAGUCUUCAUCGUCGUCCAGUCAAUUCUGUUCUUCUGCUACAUCAUGUACAAAAGUCAACAAGAAGCAGCAGCAAAGAAGUUCUUUUGAUUAAAUUAAUUUCUGAAUUGAACGUCUGUAAAUGAGGGAAUGUCCAUUUUGAUUAUUGUUUUUGGUUUGAUUAUUUUCAGAUUGUAAGUUAUUGUACUUGAAGAAAUUGGUUUUGUUGAAGAAGUUUGUUUUAAUUCAUUGCAGAUUUUUAAUUUGAUCAGUAAAUCGCUGUGUAUGAAUGCUUCUGUGAGACUUCUGGAUUUUCAACAUGAUGUAACAUGCUCCUUACAGUAUUUUUGGUUGGUCAAAUCCUUAGAUUUUGUUUUCAAAAGUUGAGAUCUGCCACAAUCCUAUUCCAUGAAACUCAACUGACAACAGAAAAGAAAACCCUGUGUUUUGAAACGUGCAAUUUUGUAUAAAAUAAUGCUGAACUUUUGGUGAUGAAAACUCAGAGCAGAUGUCUGCUACCGUUUAUCUGUUUUGAUUGAGUCAAAAAUGUCAGAAUCUGACAUAUCCUCUACCUGAACAAUUUACAUAAACAGAAAACACAAACCAC